AUGCCCGAAAGAAAGAACAAUGCCAACAUUGGCUUGCAGGUUGAACUGAUUGAUGAAGCCCACGAUAUCACAGAGGCAUUUCACUGCGUGUGUGAGGCAUUUGGUCGCCAGGCAGAGGAUGGGGUCUGGAUUGCCAUGAACCCAGGCUGGGAUACCCCCGAAGGGAAAAGCCGCGGAGCUUCUCGCAUAGUUGAACGCUGGUCCCGCACAAGCAAAGAUAUCGCGGGUAACCCCAACACGAUGUUUUUAAAAGCCACCCUACCGAGCUCAGAAGACCCAGAAAAGCGAAUCACUGCUGGGUUUGCGAUUUGGGUCCAAGCUUCAAAUGUUGAAGGCCAUGGCGAUCCCCAAAUAAAGGAAUCCGAAGCCUCGGCAGAUCUUACAGACGUCUAUCCAGAAGAUCAGUCAGAACGCCGCUAUCUUGCUCAGGUCAUGGCAUCAUUGCAUGGUCGCCGCAGGGAACUCGUGGAGCAAGCGAGAACUGCGGAGCCCCCGGCGCUAUUUGUUUUGGACUUGUGCGCCGUGGAUCCUGCGCACCAGCGGAAGGGAAUCGCCAAACAGCUGGUGCAGUGGGGUCUUGAUGAAGCUUUGCGACGCGGAAUUCCUGAGGCUAUCACGGAGGCAUCCAGCAUGGGACGUCAUGUCUACGAAAACAUGGGGUUCAAGCCCGAAGGUGUGGACAUUGAGUAUUCUGUAGACAAGGAGUUCGCUUCGCGGAAGAGACCAGCCAACAUCUUCAUGCGGACCGGCGGAAAUGCUUAG